UUUGUGAAUGGCCUCUUGGGGUGAAGGUCCUCCCCGCGACCGGUGGUGUUUGGACUUUGAGGAGCUCGAUGAACUCGAGCUGGAGCUCCCCUUGAAUAAUUUCGCGAUUUUGCUCAUUUUAGCAGCUUUUGGUAUAAACUCCGUAGCUAACUACAGUGUCCGCGAGCUCUCCCAGCCUCUGUUUCCUGCUUCACAAUGUUUCUACAGGCGGGUGUGUUCUACGAACAGAUUUCCAGCUCGACGACUGCUUUGUGCUUUUUCAAACCAGCCAGUGUCACCACACCUUUCACCAUUAUACCUGCGUGACGUAUUGACACCUGACACCCACUCUCCCCUUUUUUUACACUGAGCUCUCAGCUUGGUUGAAGUAAUAAACUGAUUUAAAAAAAAAAAGUUUAAAAUAGAACUGUGCUGAAUUAUAACGGAAGUGUUUGUGACAGGCGAUCUCUAUUUAAUCUAAAAUCAAGUAAAUACUAUCGCACACAAUUUAAUCGGCCGUGAAACCAUUAUUUUUGCAGUCUAUUCGUGAAUCCAUGGUGAAACCAACAAAAAAAACUCAGUGACGUGGUUUUUCUGUUGGAAUUGGGGUCAAAGUUCGUGUUGACAUCCGCAGACUCACGGCUAUCUAGCUAAUGGCUGAAAUAGACAUUGGGAAGCAUUGUCAGAUCGAUUCCUGCAAUCAGAAAGAUUUCCUUCCAUUUGUUUGUGAUCUUUGCAGUGGUAUUUUCUGCCUUGAGCACAGAAGCAGAGAGGCCCAUUCAUGUUCAGAGGAGCCAGUGAAAAGGGAAUCCCGGACUGUGGGUAGCAGUACAAGUUAUCCAUGCUCAUUUCAAGACUGCAAGGGAAAAGAAUUGUUGCCAGUAACAUGUCCGCAGUGUGAAAAACAUUUCUGUUUGGCCCAUCGUCAUCAAGAUGAUCACAAGUGUGAGAAGUUGGAGGUCCAAAAGCCUCGAAUGGCAGCCACAAAACAGCUGGUGCAAAAGAUUAUUGAGUCAAAGGACAAAGACAAAUGUCAAAGUAAAGCACGCAGAGGAGCAAAGAACAGUGCAACUGCAGCUAAGGUAGCAUUAAUGAAACUGAAGCUGCAUGCAGCAGGAGACAAGGGGCUGCCACAGACAGAAAGAACGUAUUUUCAGGUGUAUCUUCCUAAAGGAUUCAAAGACUCCAGCCAACCCAUGUUCUUCUGUUCCAAAUGGAGUGUUGGGAAAGUGGUGGAUUACGCAGCCUCCCUCGCUAGUCUCAAGAACAACAAUAAUGUACUGACGGCUAAGAAGCUGCGGUUAUGUCAUCCUCAGACAGGUGAGGCUUUCCGGAUGGACGACACCCUGCUCUCACUGCUGGCUCACACAGAAACUCCCCUGUACAAUGGGGGUAAUGUGAUCCUGGAGUACCUGGACAAUGAGUGCACAGGCCUGGAGAAUGUUUCUGACUAUGUUACACAGAUCUGACAAACCAGUGCCAGGUACUAAAUUGAAGAUUUCUGUAUGUGAUUUAUAUUUAUGUCAAUAAAAUGUUCUUUCGGCAUGUUGA